UUAAUGCGUUAGUUGUAAACAAGGAAGAAAAGGUUUUGUGCAUAAAGGUCAUGUUGAAUGAAUUAACCCAAGCAGUUUUACACAUGUUCUUGGUGUCAAGAUGUCCAGUUCCUCAUGGUGGGCGGCCUCCAAGGAGAAACCAUCUAUGGGGGAUAAAAUUAAGCGAAAGCUGUCUUUGCCAAAGAUGGUGGGCCUAGAAGACGAGAACAAAGUGCGUGGUAACUGGAGUGGUCGACUUGACUUUUUCUUGUCCUGUAUUGGGUAUGCUGUUGGUUUGGGUAACAUAUGGAGGUUUCCUUAUAUCUGUUACAGAAAUGGUGGAGGUGCUUUCCUUAUUCCAUACUGCAUCUUCCUGCUGCUGUGUGGAAUGCCUCUUGUCUUCCUGGAGAUUGCAUAUGGACAGUUUUGCAGCCAGAGUCCCACGGGGGUCUGGAAGCUCAGUCCAAUGUUCAAAGGCAUUGGCUGGGGCAUGGUGAUAGUGUCUGGAAUUGUGUGUAUCUACUACAACAUCAUCAUCACGUGGACCCUGUACUACUUGCUGAUGUCCUUCCAAGCAGUUCUUCCAUGGAGUCACUGCAAUAAUGACUGGAAUGAUGAGAAUUGUGCUCUGUGGCAUAAACGUAGUCCUAACGCUACCAACCAUACACACCAGGGACCCCUAGAUCCAUUGCUAGAUGGCGCUGGGGUGGUGAGGCUGAUGGGAAAUUUGACUGCCAAUAGCAGUGCCAGCUACUGGAUGCACUAUGGGGUGGAUGGUACUAACAGCACUAAUGUAACCAUACAGAGGGAGUCUCCUAGUGAGCAGUACUGGCAAAACCAUGUACUUGAGUUGUCAGAGGGUAUAGAAAACAUCGGUCCCAUUCGCUGGCAGCUGUUGCUGUGCCUGAUAUUUGCCUGGGUUAUGAUCUUCUUGUGUUUGUGUAAAGGUGUAAAAUCUUCUGGAAAGGUUGUUUAUGUUACAGCCACGUUUCCUUACUUGGUAUUGAUUAUAUUACUGGUGCGCGGAGUCACACUUCCAGGCUCUAUGGAGGGGAUAAAGUAUUAUCUUAUUCCUAAAUGGGAGAAACUGCUGAGCUUUAAGGUGUGGGCCGAGGCAGCGGGACAGAUCUUCUACUCUGUUGGUGCUGCUUGGGGGGCCAUGAUCACAUUUGCCAGCUACAACCGCUUCCAGAAUAACUGCCUAAGGGAUGCAAUAAUAGUUCCAUUGCUGAAUGAAGGAACCAGUAUAUUUGCUGGCUUUGUCAUCUUUUCAAUCAUUGGCUUCAUGGCACAAGAAACUGGAAGGACUGUUGAUGCUGUCAUCACUCAAGGUCCAGGAUUGGCAUUUGUGGUGUACCCAGGGGCCUUGGCCAAGCUGCCUAUCUCUCCCAUGUGGGCAGUGCUGUUCUUUCUGAUGUUACUGACUGUAGGGGUGGAUAGCCAGUUUGGUAUGUUUGAGACUAUGACAUCUGCCUUUGUGGAUGAGUACCCGCAUUUCCUGAGGAAGAGGAAGACCCUGUUUAUUGCUGCCACUUGUUUUGUACAGUUCCUUCUUGGAAUUGUUAUUGUUACUAAGGGUGGGAUCUAUAUCCUCCAGAUCAUGGACUGGUACAGCUCCACGUAUUCACUUAUGGUCUUCUCCUUUAUGGAGUGUAUUGUGGUGGCCUAUGUGUAUGGAGUCGACCGCUUUUAUGAGGACAUAGAGCUGAUGAUUGGGCGUAAGCCUCCAAUACUGUACAAAUAUUCCUGGCUGUUUGUGACCCCAGCAGUGAUACUUUUCAUCUUUGUCGCCACCUUCCUUCAACAUGAGUCGGUAACAUAUGGGGAUUACCAUUAUCCAGCAUGGGCUAUUGUUCUUGGGUGGCUCCUAGCCCUCUGCUCUAUACUGCCUAUACCUGGAAUAAUGAUUCUGAAGAUUGUGAGGGAAAAAGGGCCAAUCUUGCAGAGAAUCAAGAAGCUCUGUCGCCCGGCAGUGGACUGGGGUCCAGUGCCAACCAAGUUCCGUGAGCAGUACUAUGAAUCCCUCAGCCCAGCCCGCUGCCAGUGGUUACGAGAGUUUCACCCAGAAAUGAAAUUUACAGUGAAUCAGUUAGAGGAUGAAGGCAUUAUGAUGAAACCGCUGAAACCAAAUGAUUCCCUGCAUGAUAAGCCAGCUUCAGUUCCCCAUGAAGAGAAAGCUUUGAUUCAAGGACAGCAAGAGUGUAACAAUGUAUAACAUGAAAUGAGAAGAAAAGAAAAACUUUUGUAUCUUUAUUAGUGGGGUGAGCAAACUUUACACUAACAAAAUUGUUGGAAGAGGCCUUUAUAUAUAUA